AUGAAUCAGCUGGAACGCAAGAAUCGCGAGCUUUUGGCUCGAGUGAUGAUGGCCCAAGGCGUAUUGGACAGCAACCAAAUUACAGACACUGAGAUACAAUCUGGCUUCUUACAACUUCGAGAUGCAAUCUUCAGCUACAUCCAGGCCAUCUAUCGCCGCCUCAGCGACGAACAGCCAGGGUGGUCUUUCAAGGACGCGCUUCUCGAUCGACUCAGUCGCAACCCGUCGGCCGGAAAAAGGCAUUGGAUGAAAUGGCUUGCGGAGCACAACAACAACACGUGCAUAUUGUUUGUUUUAUCCAGAGAGAUCUGGGACUGCAUAAGUUCCAACAUUUUUCGAAGCGAUUUCCACGACAACUACCAAAUGUGGCUUCCUCUCGGCAUGUCCGACUCGACGCACUUGAUCUUUGAAGAGAUUAUGAAUAGUAUAGAAGCCGGCGCUGACAAAGACUUAGCUAACCGCUGGAGAUCGACGACGUUGGCCGCACUUGUUGGAACGGAUACCGCACAAAGGAGCAGAAGCGAACAGACGGGGAGGGCACUCGGAGAGCUAUCCGAAUCUCUAUUGAGAUACCUAGGACUCGAGGAAAAUCCCAAUCUUUUUUCGGGAUUUCUUCCGAGCCUUGGAGAGUGUAUCGUCAAGUCUGCCGCGGAUCUGUAUCAACGAAUGGCCUGUUCUCGCCACCAGUACUCUCUCGAAACUCCAAACAUCACAUGUGGAAAACCGCUGUAUAAAGAAGAACUAGCGCAGUGGGAUCUGAAAAGCGCCACAAAUUGGCUUGAUAUCAACAGCGAAGAUGAUGCCCAGGGCUUACUUUGCUGUCUUUUCCCCGGUGUCAGGCGACUACAGCCCGGUGAGGGGGGCGACCUGUCCGUCGUGAAGCCUCUGGUCCUAGUCUACGAUACACCCAGUCCAGAAACCGCUUCGUACACCACGGCCGAGUCUGAUGACGGCGAAUUAGAACUCUACGACUUGACCUCGGAGACAUGCAGCGAUUCCCAAGUAUGCGAAAGCGAAGGAGAGGCUUCGGACAGCACAACAGAGCCGGGAACAAUUAGGAUCCAGCACAAACUAGACUGUGAAAGAAUCGCAUCACUGUUUCGUGUAGAUGAAGCACCACACGAGCCGUCCUUGCCCGGAGGUGGUGCCGCGCCGCCUGCACGCCAUGCCGCCCCGUCCAAGGGUCAAGGGACGUCGAGGACGAGAAAAACAAAGGCUAGGAAACGGGACGAAGGGGCUCUCUCGCGGUUUGGAGACUAUCUCUGGAAAAGCGUCAAGAAAGCCCCGUCGUCACCUCCCGCCCAGCGCAGAAACUACACUCAGGGGAAUAGUUGUUCUCCUUCUUCGAGUGAUGAUUCAUACCACGGACCCUCAAGGGCAGCUCAAAAAAGCCACGGCUCUUCGCGGAAGCAGCAUCGGCGAGGCCAAGAGCGAGGUUGCACCUCACCAGUCAAUAACCGGGAGGGAACUGCAAGGGCUCAAGUCGAGCAUCGUAUUCCGCCGCAGAGAAGGAUGUCGGAACCGUGGUCUAGCACAAUGGCACCAUCGUCAUCGACGUCUAGUUCGGCGUACGGAACAGGAACGGUCGUGUGGUCUCCCCGCUGA